AUGACGCGGGUCGGACGCAGGGGGUGGCUGCUGCUAUCGGGCCUUGCUGCACUUGUGCCAGUGGUUGCAUUGUGCAGGUGUUUUGGCCGCGGCUGGAGCAUGCAUGCGAGUAAGCGUGAGCCGAAGGAAGAUGAUGAUGAUGAGGAGAAUUUGCACGACGACACUGUCGCUGUGGGUCUUGACAAGGAGGAGCGGGAGCGGUAUCAUGCCACGCUUCUCCUCCUAAAGGAAAAGGCCAAUGCGCAUUUUCGCGCGGCUGAAUUUGACGCGGCGUUGGAGAUGUACCAGGGGUGCGUUGACAUGUGUGCCGCGCUGGGCGCUGAUGACGCAGAGGCAGUGCAGAUCGAUCAAGUUGUGCGCGCCAAUGUGGCUCUUGUGUUUCUGAAGCUUCAGAGACCCGAGGAGGCGCGGAUGCUGGCGACAUUUCUGCUGCAGGAUGACACACACCCUCUCGAGGGAGAUUUGAAGGUGAAGGUGCUUUAUCGACGCGGGCUGGCAAGCCAGGCGCUUGGGGAUCGCGAGUCGGCGCUGUGCGACUUUAGGGCCGCCAUUUUGUUCUCACCCGGAGAGAAAAAUCCGGCGGCGGAGGCUGCGAUUGCGGCCCUCUCUCGUGGCGUUGGAACAUAA